AUGGCUGGUAACUUGGCCGAUUCAAUAACACAACCGAUAAACGACACCUUGAAAAAGGCAACCGACAAAGUCACCAACGGGUCGUCCUCCUCGACGCCGCCACCAUCAUCGUCACCCAAGAUCAAGGAGUUCACCGCGGCGUACUACGCAGCAUGCACCAUCGGAGGAAUGAUUGCAUGUGGCCCCACACAUUCGGCAGUGACACCACUAGAUCUCGUGAAAUGCAGACGUCAAGUCGAUGGCCACUUGUACAAAUCCAAUGCAGCUGGAUUCCGCACCAUUAUGCGCACACCGGGAGACUCCCUCUUUACCGGUGUCGGAGCCACUUUCAUCGGGUAUGCAUUGCAAGGAGCUGGUAAAUAUGGGUUUUAUGAGUUUUUCAAGAAACAGUACCUGGACCUUGUCGGCCCCAAGAUAGCUCAUGAUUACAAAACGGGCGUCUAUUUGGCUGCUAGCGCUAGUGCUGAGUUUUUGGCUGAUAUCGCCUUGUGUCCGUUCGAGACUAUCAAAGUCAAGACUCAAACCACGAUCCCACCAUAUGCCUCGUCGGUGUGGCAGGGAUGGAGCAAGAUUGUCAAGAGUGAAGGUGUUGCUGGGUUAUACAAGGGGAUCGUGCCCUUGUGGUGUAGGCAAAUCCCAUAUACCAUGGUUAAAUUUGCUAGUUUUGAAAAUGUCGUUGAGGAGAUUUACAAGGUCUUGGGUAAGCCCAAGAAGGACUAUACCACGUUGGAGCAAACUGGGGUCAGUUUCUUGGGUGGUUACAUUGCUGGUAUACUCUGUGCUGUAGUGUCACAUCCUGCCGAUGUGAUGGUGUCCAAGAUUAAUACCGAUAAGAAACCGGGUGAAUCCACGGGUCAUGCGCUCCUGAGAAUAUACAAACAGAUUGGAUUUGGUGGGUUGUGGAAUGGGCUACCAAUGAGAAUCUUGAUGAUUGGAACUUUGACUGGGUUCCAGUGGUUGAUUUAUGAUUCAUUUAAAGUCUGGGUUGGUUUGCCCACCACUGGUGGUCAUUAG